AUGAAUCACGCUUUCCAUCUCCAGUCCUUCAACCAAAUACGACCAGCGCUGGAAAUGGAGAAAUACAUCAUAACUCUUGCUUUCAUCGCCAUCCUACACUACCCUUUUCAAUUUUUUGUUCGAUCUUUAAAAUGUCUUUGCGCCGCGCGUGCUAUGAACCUGCCCAUUUUUUGGAUGCCCAUUCUACAAGAUGGUGUAAUGUGGCAGCUGACGAAGCGAUUCUACCGGCCGCUUAUCUCACAGCUACCAUUACGGCUUCGACAGUCGGAGUGGUUUGACCUAUGGUAUCCUGAUUGGCGAUUUGUCGCUAAACAUGAGCUUCACAAGAAGUAUGGAGAUGUGUUCCUGGUGGUCUCGCCGGGCUGCUUAUCGAUCGAAGUUGCCGAUGCAGAGCUCGCAGCAGAGAUCAUUACUAGAAGCAAGUAUGACUUUGUGAAACCCAACUGGCCGUACUCCUUGUUGAACAUCUUUGGUGAAAACGUUGUUUCGUCUGGAGGAGCGACCUGGCGGCGGCACCGGAAGGCUACGGCUUCGCAAUUUGGCAGCACUAUCCACAAGCAAGUCUGGAGGAAGAGCCUCAUCCUUGGGAAUGAAUUACUCUCCAUGUGGACGAAUCACGGCGCCACUAUCUCUACAGUCCCAAACAUUUCACUUGAUUUGGAAUUCCUCGUCCUCCGUGUGAUUCUCUCGGUGGGCUUCGGCGUCACUGUACAUUUAAAUCGGAAAGCACACGAGUCGGAUCCGCCGAACGUAGGGGGAAUCUCUAGGUUUGCAGAAGCUAUGGAACAAGUGAUCACUAACUUAACUAAACUACUGAUAUUUCCUAACGGCAUCCUGAAAUAUGGUCCAAGUAGCUGGCGGUCUGUCCACGGAUCAGCUACUGGUGUUCGGACCUUCCUGGAGAAUUUGAUUUGGACUGAAACACGGAAGCAGAAGCAGAGCUUGACGCUUACUGGCCAUUAUCGAGAAGCCAGCAAUAUGCUGACUGGGCUGGUGAGACAAGGUAUCUGUCCCUCUGAAAGCCAAAAACACCGAGAGAAACAAGACCUUCUAUCAGAUGAAGAGGUCAUGGGCAAUAUGUUUAUCUUGGCAUUUGCAGGCACCAAUUCAACUGCCGAUUCGUUGAAAUAUUCCCUUAUACUCAUGGCUUUGCACCCCGAUAUUCAACAAUGGUUGAUUCAAGACAUUGAUGCGGCAAUUGAUUAUGAUGAAGACACGGCGAAUCCACUAGAAUGGAGGGAGGAAAUUCUAUUACCGAAGCUGAUUGCUCCAUAUUGUGUGAUGGCAUGUGUCACGCCCUUAUAUCGACUUACUACACAGGAGGGCGGUUUCUAA